GCAGGUAUCCAGCUGUUCAGUCUCGCUUAUCCAGAAGACACCAAGAGCAGGGCAGCUCAGGCUACACUCUGCGGCUGGAACUAAACCACAAGGACUUUUUAAACAGGUCGGUGUUAAAAUGAGGGCGAGUUUGCUUUUAGUUGCGCUUUUUCUUGUCAUGAAACUUCGGUACAGCCAGUCCAGAUGUGACGAACCAGACGCACGCACAUCAAGUUCAGAACAGACCAUCGGCCGUUUGGAUAAUCUUAAAAGAAACAUUCUGAAGAGAUAUAGCGAUUUGGAUUAUGACAGCUUUGUGGGUUUGAUGGGCAGAAGAAGCGCCGAACAAACCCCAAUUCAGCCUCCAAAUAAAAGGGAAAUGCAUGACAUCUUCGUUGGCCUAAUGGGGAGGAGAAACUCAGAACCUGAUAAUGGCCCUUGGAGGAGAGAGACCCCAGAGAGGAGAGGGAUUUUUCUCAACAAAUGCAGACUGAGGUUUCUUCAGGGUCUGUAGCAUCUUCAUGAGCCAACUCCUUUAUUAUUUGAGACUGUAAAAGGAUUGUGAACACCACUUGAAACCUUUCAGUUGAAAGCAACUUGGAUUGUAAAUGUUUGACCCAAUACCCAAUAAAUUACAGUGAAAUUACACAUCUGAGAUAUAGUAUGCCAUUUUGCUAAAAUGUAAAAUAAAAUAUUUUUUGUAUACAUAUAAGUUAUUAUUAGUGGUUGUCAUGUCUUUUCGCUGAGUCACAAUGUUACAUAAAAAGUGACAAAAAGAUUUA